GUGGAGUAGCGCUGCCUCGCAGAGGCAGGAUGAGCUGAGGCGGUGACGGGGAAGGAAGGAAGGAGGAGAGACAGCAUGGAGGACUUUCUGCUCUCCAAUGGAUACCAGCUGGGCAAGACCAUUGGGGAAGGGACCUAUUCAAAAGUGAAGGAAGCAUUUUCCAAAAAACAUCAAAGAAAAGUGGCAGUUAAAAUUAUAGACAAGAUGGGAGGGCCAGAAGAAUUUAUCCAGAGGUUCCUGCCGCGCGAGCUCCAGAUCGUCCGCAGCCUGGAUCACAAGAACAUCAUCCAGGUGUACGAGAUGCUGGAGUCAGCCGACGGUAAGACCUACUUGGUGAUGGAGCUGGCCGAGGGGGGAGAUGUCUUUGACUGCGUGCUGCACGGUGGGCCUCUGCCCGAGAGCCGGGCCAAGGCCCUCUUCCGCCAGCUGGUGGAGGCCAUCCGCUACUGCCACGGCUGUGGCGUGGCCCACCGCGACCUGAAGUGUGAGAACGCCCUGCUGCAGGGCUACAACCUGAAGCUGACCGACUUCGGCUUUGCCAAGGUACUGCCCAAGACACGGCGGGAGCUGAGCCAGACCUUCUGUGGCAGCACAGCCUACGCUGCCCCGGAGGUGCUGCAGGGCAUCCCCCAUGACAGCAAGAAGGGCGAUGUCUGGAGCAUGGGCGUGGUCCUCUAUGUCAUGCUGUGCGCCAGCCUGCCCUUUGAUGACACGGACAUCCCCAAGAUGCUGUGGCAGCAGCAGAAGGGGGUGUCCUUCCCUGGGCACCUGGGCAUCUCGGCUGAAUGCCAGGACCUGCUCAAGAGGCUCCUAGAACCAGACAUGAUCCUCCGGCCUUCAAUCGAAGAAGUUAGUUGGCAUCCAUGGCUAGCAAACACUUGA